AUAAGCAAUAAAGAAAAAGCUGCCACUUUCCUCACUCUCUGAGUCUUGGAAUCGGAGCUUUUUCAUUACACAUUUUUUUACUCCUUUUUUCCAAUUUCAAUUCAACCUCACUCACUCAAUGAAUAUCUUCCAUCUCCCACUUCAAAUCUUCGAAACCCUUUCACUGCUCUCUCUCUCUCUUCCACUAUCUUCUUCUUCUUCUUCUUAGUCUCUAUCCUCUGAAUUUUCAGUGUUGUUACAUGAAAUGUCUCUGUUAAUCUUAGCUUUCGAUUCGAUUUAAGACCACCCAUGAUCUGUUUCGGUGCUUUUUGAGAAAAAAAAAACUUACAUUUCAAAAAUGAGAGAAGACAACCCAUUAUCAGAAACCAGAGUAGUUAAAGCAUCCAAAUUCAGCGACCAAAAUCAAAUACCGAAACCCCAUCAUCAGAACUCCAAAGGAAACAGCAAUUCUUCGAAAUUCAGGUCUGCUUCUUCAUGGGGUUCUCAGAUUGUGAAAGGACUCGCCGGAGACAAGAAAACGAAGCUCCAGGCGACUACGGCGACGGUGACUGUCAAGAAACAGCCGCUUAUGGGUUCGGACAUGGCGAACCAGAAGAACCCAUUUGUACCUUCCCAUUCGAGAGUGAAGAGAUCGCUUAUCGGAGACUUGUCGUGCUCCGCGAAUGCCAGUCAAGUUCAUCCCCAAUCGUUACAGACCCACCAUCAGAGACAAUCAUCCCGGGACUUGUUCAUGGAGCUAGACCAGAUGAGAAGCUUACUCCAAGAAUCCAAGGAAAGGGAGUUCAAGCUCCAAGCAGAGUUGGCUGAAUAUAAGAGAAGCCCCAGAGUUCUUGAUCUGGAGAGAGAACUUGAGAUGAAGAAGAGUGAAAUCGUUGGCCUUUUGAGGAAAGUCGAACUCCUUGAAGAAGAGAAAUCGAGCAUCUCUGAACAAAAAAGCGAGGAGAUAAUGCCUAAAAGAGACGAAGAAGAACACGAAGUGAUUUCAAUGGCACCGUCGUCAAAGAGUAGUCUGGAAAUGGAGGUUGUUGAACUGAGGCGCCUGAACAAGGAGCUACAGCUUCAGAAGAGAAAUCUUGCUUGCAGGCUUUCUUCCGUUGAAGCCCAGUUGGCUUCUUUACCAAAAGCUUCAGAGAAUGACAUUGUUGCAAAGAUCAAAGCUGAGGCAUCAAUGCUAAGACACACAAAUGAAGAUUUGUGUAAACAAGUUGAAGGUUUACAGAUGAGCAGAUUGAAUGAGGUUGAGGAGCUUGCGUAUCUGAGGUGGGUGAAUUCAUGCUUAAGAAACGAGCUGCGCAAUUCGUGCUCCAACAAUAUGAAUUUUGAAAAACCAUCAAGCCCACCUUCUAUUGAAAAGUGUGGUGGUGAAUCUGUUGAGUCUUUGUCUUGUGGAAGCAACGAGUACUUGGACUAUAGUAGUGCAAAGAGAUUAAAUCUGAUAAAGAAGUUGAAGAAAUGGCCUCUGACUGAUGAUGAUUUGACAAACAUGGAGUGCCCAGAUGGUGAAUUGGAUAAACAAUGGGUUGAUAGAGAGGAAGUAAGGAGUCCAAGAAGAAGACACUCCAUAAGUGGAUCAAAAUGCUGUCCAGAAGAGUUGGUUCCAAGUAAGAGAAGGCAGUCUGAUGGCUUUAUAUGUGCAGUAGAAAUGGACAAGGAAGCAGCAGAGCCGCUUUCUUCUCAAAAAUAUGACUUGGGAAUGGUUCAAAGAUCCCACUUCUUUGGAAACUGCCAUGAAACUAGCAAAUUUUCUGCUUCUAUGGAUGUUGAGAAAAGGGCCUUAAGGAUUCCAAAUCCACCUCCAAGGCCUUCCUGCUCAGUUUUUAAUGGAACCAAAGAUGAAAACUCAACCAAAUGUCCCCCACCACCGCCUCCACCUCCUCCUCCACCUCCACCAAAGUUUGCACUGAGGAGUACCACAGGAACUGUACAGAGAGCACCACAAGUAGUGGAAUUUUAUCAUUCUCUUAUGAAGAGAGAUUCUAGGAAGGAUUCUUCAAAUGGAGGAGUCUGUGAUGCACCGGAUGUUGCAAAUGUUCGUAGCAGCAUGAUUGGAGAAAUUGAGAACCGAUCGUCCCAUUUGCUUGCAAUAAAGGCAGAUGUUGAGACUCAAGGAGAAUUUGUAAAUUCGUUGAUACGCGAGGUUAAUAAUGCAGUUUAUCAGAACAUUGAAGAUGUUGUGGCAUUUGUCAAGUGGCUUGACGAUGAACUUUGCUUUCUUGUGGAUGAAAGGGCAGUUUUAAAGCACUUCAAUUGGCCUGAAAAGAAAGCUGAUACAUUGCGAGAAGCAGCAUUUGGGUAUAGAGAUCUCAAAAGAUUGGAGUCUGAAGUAUCUUCAUACAAGGAUGAUCUCUGUCUGCCUUGUGAUCUUGCCCUAAAGAAAAUGGUGGCUUUGUCUGAGAAGAUGGAACGUACGGUCUAUAACCUUCACCGGACAAGAGACUUUUUGAUGCGUAACUGCAAGGAAUUCCAGAUACCCACAGACUGGAUGCUUGACAAUGGAAUAAUAAGCAAGAUAAAGUUUGGCUCGGUCAAAUUAGCGAAAAUGUACAUGAAGAGGGUGGCUAUGGAACUUCAUUCCAAGGCAGCACACGAAAAAGAUCCCGCAAUGGACUACAUGUUACUUCAGGGAGUGAGAUUUGCUUUCAGAAUCCACCAGUUUGCCGGGGGAUUUGAUGCAGAAACAAUGCAUGCAUUUGAGGAACUACGCAAUCUUGCCCAUCUUCUUAACAAGAAGUAGAGGCAAUCAUAUCCAUCAUGGCUUACUCUCUUAGUAACCAUUUUACUCUAAAAAAAAAAAGAAA